CUUGUGGGCAAAAAGCCACUAACAGGAUGACGGCAAUGCUGCGGCUGCCGCAGGGCAAAGUCGGAUUACGUCUGAGCAGCAGAUAAACAGAUUAUUCCUAAAACAGAGUGGACUUUUUUUAACCUCACUUGUGCCUCCGUCCUCUCAGCAGACCAAAGACUGUCCCUUCGUCUGCAUCCCACAUUACAUGAGGACGUUUUGAGCCACAGUGGUCCUCCGUGUGAAACAGAGCUAGAGAACACACACAGCUGCCAGACCCUUUCAAUUCAGAUCUGUCCCACAAUGCUUUGGACCUUUGGACUGUUGCUGUUCCUCGCUUGGCAUGUCAAAGGAAGGAGCGCUGGACUCGAUGUGAACUUGGAGCUGAAGAAGGAGGUGGCGGCGGUUCUCACUGAUCGCGAAGCGGUGUUACGCGGGUUGACCCCGUCCACCAAAACUGUGGCGUUUGACCUGUUGAAACGUCGAUCAAAGAGGUCUGUGUUUCUUCACUCUGGGGUGAGAAUCUGUCCUCGGGAGAGCAUUGGCGAGGUUCUGGCCAGUUUUCAGGAGUACUACCGGCUCAGAGUGUGCCAGGAGGCUGUUUGGGAGGCCUACAGGAUCUUUUUGGACAGGAUUCCUGGGACCAUGGAGUACCAGAGAUGGGUUCAAGUGUGCCAGCAAGAGUCACUGUGUAUCUCCAACAUUGCCAGAAACUUCAGCGGCUCCGAGGAGCACCUGAACCUGAUCCGCAGGAGGAUGAAGCGCCUGAGAGACGAGAGUCUGCCAUCACGAGAUCAUGUGACUCACGCUGAUGUCAUUCCCAACGGUCCAGAAGUUCAGACCUCUACCAUAGUCCUGAACUUGUCGACUUCCCCUUCUAGCUCCACUCCUGGUGAUGAGUGGACCACCAAGGAUGAGGACUUGGACAUUCCUAACAUCGUCCCUGAAAGUCUGGCACAGCAGAUGGUGGAGUUUAGCAUCGACUUGGUAGAUCCAGGAUACCGAGAGCUGCUGGAUGACCCUGACUCGCCUCAGUACAUAGACCUGGCCCAUCACCUGCAGGACCAGAUGCAGCACGUUUUCGACAAACUUCCAGGAUUUCAAAGCAUCCGUGUGCUAAGGAUCAGCGAGACACAGGACGCCGGCGGGGUUGGCGGUAUAACGGUCUACUACUCCCUCGUCUUUGAAACGCCCUCCUCGAAAAUCAGCCCUGAGACAGCUGGAGCUGUUCCAACAGCGUCACCAGACUCCAAACUUUGGGAGAUGGUAAGAAAAGCUCUACGAGAGGACGCGUCUCUUCCGGUGGACUUAGAUUCUUUGAACUUUGACCCAGUGGCUGCCCUGCCGGCACGGACUUCGUCCUAUUCGACGGGCAUUGAUGGGGAGGACAGUGAACCAGACUCCCACAACGAAUUUGAAGUAUUCACUGAUGAUUCAGAGUUGGCGAAAGUCGUCCCUGCGCUGGCCCUCAGCCCCUCAGAGAAGGAGAAUGCCCUGGUCACAUUACUGGAUCCCUCGGAAGAGGACUUAAUGUUUGCAUCAGAAGCACAGGAUGCAUCCAACCAAGAAGAAGAGGAGCUGAUUAUUUCUCAUAAGAUUGAGAGCGUCCAUCAUACUGAAACUGGCGAACUCAUUCGAGACUACACGCCAAGCCCCCCUACCAUCGUGGAUGAAGACACUUUGGAUCAGCUGACAACCACCACACACACUUGGUCCAGGACUUCGCCUGCUGAUGACCAACCUUCAGACUCUGACUUCACCAUCACCACCACAGGCCAGAGGCCCACUGACUCCAUAGAGGUUGUCCAGCUGGAGACAGAAACGGAAAACAAAGAACCUAAAGGGUUAAAGCCACAAGGCUUGGCACUAGAAGAACAGUCAGAUGACAUGCUUGAACAAAAGGAAAAUGUUAAAAAGGCACCUGAGCAAAUAGAAGAAGCUACAGAGGAAGUAACAAAGAUGCAAGAGGCAGAAGGACAAACUGAGGCUUCACAUCCCGAUGAACAACACAUCAAACAUCAAAACCCUGGACCUGAUGCUUCAGAGGACACAAUACCUACAUCUCUCGAAGAACAAACAUUCACUGGUGUUUCAGAAGAACUCCUUCCUAAUGUUCAAGAAGAAACAUUGCCUGGUAUUUCAGAAGAACUCCUUCCUGAUGCUCUAGAGGAAAUCGGACCUGGUGUUUCAGAAGAACUCCUUCCUGAUACUCUAGAGGAAACAUUACCUGGUAUUUCAGAAGAACUCCUUCCUGAUGUUCAAGAGGAAAUCGUACCUGGUGUUUCAGAAGAACUCCUUCCUGAUGCUCUGGAGGAAACAUUACCUGGUGUUUCAGAAGAACUCCUUCCUGAUGUUCAAGAGGAAAUUGUACCUGGUGUUUCAGAAGAAGUCCUUCCUGAUGUUCAAGAGGAAACAUUACCUGAUGUUUCAGAAAAACACCAACCUGAUUUUCUCGAGGAAACAUCAGAAGAAUCAGUUGCUAAAGGUUCCAAAACAAUUGAGGAGAACAUGAUUGAUGUUACAGAACUACUUGAAGAAGUCGUCACUGUAGUUCCAAAGGAAGAAGUAGAAGUUGUUGAGGCAACAACUCUGGUGUCUCAAGCAGAAUCAGAGACCAAUGUAAAGGAAGUGAAUGAAACAGCAGAUGAAGUCGCCGUGGAAACAGAGAUAAACACGCCAGAUAUUAUUUCAAAAUAUAGCGAAGGUGGGCUAGAGGAACCAAAUCUAGGGGAUAAUUCACAAGAGUCCAUGCGAGUGGAUAUAUCUAAAAAGCGUUAUCCUGAGGACAUCUCUGAAGCAGAGGAAGACAUACUAGAUAUUCUUAAGGGAGAACCACAAGAAAUAGGUGGCAAUUCAGACUCAUUCGAAUCAUCAAAACCAGGAGACAUUGUGAUCAGCCAGUCUACACCAGAAGGUGUUCCAGAACCAGCAGCUGAAUCGAUUAAGGUCUUUUCCCACUUUGAGGCUGAAGAAGAUGAUCUUUUCAAGGAGAACACUGGUGAGGUUGUUCCGGAGAUCCCCCAAUAUGUCAGACCACAGGACAAUAUGCCUGUAACUCCCAACGCGGUUCGGCCAGACAAGGAAGUGGAAGGUAAACUGGAACAUCUGCUUAUUGAGGACUCUUCUGAUGGUGCGGACACUGACGCGACCAGAGAAUCACCUGAAACUUCCAACCCAGAAGAAGGGGGUGUCACAUUAGAGGAGACUGAAGAAGAACAUUUACGGCCAGGAGACACCUAUAUAAUAGCAGCACCGCCAGUGACAUCUGCUGCUGGACUCUCGUCUCAUGGCCCGACUGUAGACUUUGGACUUUUUGAGGUGGCAGAGGUACCUGGACAAAAUGAACCCUCUGUCACCGUUAUUGACGAAGACCUGAAAUCGUCUGAAAAGCAAACUAGCAGACCAACAGUAGCGGAUGAGGCUGUAAGGGACCUGGCGGAGGAACUGGACCAAGCUGACCCGAUAACCACAGAGUCACCAGAUGAGGGGAGCGGCUUUGUUGAGCCACACGCGUCAAUAAGUGUCACAGCCCCGCCCCCUGUUAAAUACCUGACCACUGCCACAAUGACGACAGCCAGCCAUGGUCGGGAGCUGGUAGUCUUCUUUAGCCUGCGUGUCACCAAUAUGGACUUCUCCAUGGACCUCUUUAACAAGACGUCAACGGAGUACAGGUCCCUGGAGAACACCUUUCUUAAUGUGCUGCUGCCGUACCUGCAGGCCAAUCUGACGGGCUUUAAAAACCUGGAGAUUCUGAACUUUCGCGAAGGCAGCGUGGUGGUCAACAGCCGCAUGAAGCUGGCCAAAUCAGUGCCCUACAACAUCACUGAGGCAGUUCACUGUGUCCUAGAGGAGUUCUGCUCAGCUGCCGCCAAACGCCUGCACAUACACAUUGACAGCCGCUCUCUGGACGUAGAACCAGCCGACCAGGCCGACCCAUGCAAGUUCCUGGCCUGCGACCCCUGGUCCCGCUGCAUACUCGACCGCCACUCCCUUGAGGCCCAAUGCCAGUGCAAGCCAGGCUUUCUGUCCGUGGACGGCCUUCCUUGUCAGAGCAUCUGCGAGCUGCAGCCUGACCGUUGUGGGCCUGCCACUGAAUGUCAUGUGGAUCCCGGACACGGCGCCGUGUGCAGAUCCAAAAGCAGCAAGCAGUUGGUGGGCGCUUCGGUUAUGUGAUGACCCCAGAAUGUAGGAGUCAGCUGAUCCACAAGACUUCUUCAUUUUUCACCGUGUUCUUUUGUCUCCCGCAGACAUCUAACUGAAACAAUCCUCAUCUCCAGUGAAGUCUCUUUUCUACCGCUUGUCAAAUCUUUUACAACGAACUGUUCUUCUCACGUUGUCCUCUGGAGGUGUUGCAGUCGUUUUGAGGCCAUUGUGUGUUUAAUGGUCAUUAGAGACGUGAAGGUUGUUCAACUGUCUGUCAAACGUCAAAAACUAAGUGAUCGUCAAGUGUGUUGUCAUUUUUGUCUUGUCUGCUAAGGAAACAAUUGCACACACAUUCAGGGACACAAGUCCAGGUGACACACCAGUGUGUUUAUUUACGAGAAAGGAGCAAGGACAUCAGAUGCGUGGAAGUGAAGCAUGGCGGCGUUCCUGUCACACAGCAUCUAUGUUUUCAAUUGACGUUGGCUAUCAGACUGAAACGUGAUGCAAACCGAGGACAGUGAGGUCAACUGCAAAGCGUCUCAUAAAGAUGACGUCCCCAUGCAUUAGCCGCGACAAGAAACACAUCCCCUGUGACGCUUACUGCUAAGCCACCCAAGUGGAAAGUUUCUUUACAAACAAACUGGUGUAGUCACGCUGUAGAAAAAAGAUCCAGUGUGCUUCCAGUUCAAAGAUGGCUCACCAGGUCACCUGACCUACUCUCACUCGGCACACAUAUCAAAACUAAUUAUGUGAACAUGCGUGAUUAAUUUUUCCCUGUUGAAAAAGAUCAUUCUGCACCAUAAAGCUUGCAGGGUGCUGCUUGGUAGUGUAGCCAACUGCUUGCUCAUACAGCUAGUUCCAUAGCAUCAACAUGCUAACGUUAGCAUUAUUUUGGCUGUUUUUUUGUUGUGUUAAUUAAUUUCAACAUUGCACUUCUGAGAAACUUACAUCACAAACUUGUUGAUCAUUAAAGAAAACAUUAAGUCAUUGAUCAUUAAUGAAAAAAAUUGAUUUAUCAUUAAUGAAAACAUGAAGUUAUUGAUCAUUAUUGAAUAUUGAUCAACCAAAACAGGAAUCAUUAGCAGCUUGGAAUUACAAAUAAAAUUAGGAAUGCUCGUUAACGUAAUGUCCAUGUCGACUUAAGGCCUUGUCAUCAUCUUAUUUCUCCACAUGAGGCGGAUGCCUGCCUGGCUCCGCCUCUCCCAGGAAGCAGAAGCCCACAAGAAAGAAGAAGGACAAGAAAGGGAAAGAAAACAUUCCCUGCGUUAGCUUGUUAGCUCGUUAGCCGGUCCCUUGGCUAGAGGCAGAGGGUGGGGCCUCACUUUAACAUGUUCUGCAACAUGGCUGUGGCAUAAGUGGGCCGCGCCUGCCGGCUCUCAAUGGCGCUGCGCAGGUACUGGAUCCCGCCGCAGCGUUCCCAGAUCUCCUCAAACUGGCGGGGCAGGAUCUCGGCCCCCCUCUUCCGGGAUAGACCCGUCUCGUCCAGGCUCAGCUCGCACAUCUCCAUGUCGUCUUUUCCUGGAAAACGACAAGUGUAUGACUUUUGCACCAACAUGAACGAGAAAGCAAGCCGGACUUACCUGCCACUAGCAGAAUGGGAAGCUUGUCGGGAUGCAGCUCCAUCUGCCGGGCGAUCCAGGGCCCGUCAAAAUGGGCGUACCACCAUCCCUUCUUCUUGCCCUGGGGAUCUUUGUACUGGUCACCUGGGCGAAUGAACGGAAUGCGGAAGAAACGCUGCUGCCGAUUCAUAGCCACCUCAUACUGGCGGGC